GAUUAUUGUAGCUAGGUUUCAGUCUACUGUUCCAUCCGCUUUAGCUGAAAUUUCUUCGACCGUCAUCAAAUUCAGGUGCUGAUAAAAAGCUUGCGGUGGUUGCUUGGUCCGCCGUAACUCUGGUACUAGCUGUUUCGAACCGCGUGCUUUAGAAACUUGCUCUUAUCCCCAUGAACCACCCCUUCUUUCUGGCUCAACUCAACAGUUUUGUGUUUCAUGAUAGACAUGUAUGUGGCGGUUUUAUUUUCUGUGCUGCGUGUGAGAUACCGUGCUGGAAUAACGACCGAUGAGAUGUUAAACCUUCCCAAAUCACCGUUUAUUGCGAUUGCUUUUCUUGAAUCCAUUUCGAUUGUUUCUGCGAUGUAUGCUGGAGCGGUGCUCCCAGGACCAGCUAUACCCUUAUUAUACCAGACAUUCCUGGUUUGGCAGCUGGUCUUUUCCAGCAUCUUAUUGAAGAGAAGGUACUCUCUCAACCAAAUUCUAGGAUGCUUUCUCGUGGCAGCAGGUGUCGUGGUGGCAGUUACGAGUGGAGCAAACAGUGGUGGAAUGUUCUCUGGAGUUGGAGUUAUGUGGCCAAUGCUCAUGAUAGCUUCAAGUGCUUUCCAAGCGGGUGCAUCUAUAGUUAAGGAGUCUGUAUUCGUUGAUGCUGCAACCUGUCUUAAGGGGAAAUCAUUGGACAUCUUCGUCGUCACCUCUUUUGGAUCCGGGUUUCAGGGAUGCUUUUACCUGACCUGCCUUCGUACUUUACAAGGGGUGUUACAUGCUUCUAUAACAACAGCCAUGCUUCCUGGACCAGCUAUACCUAUACUAAAUCAGACAUUUUUGCUAAGGCAACUAGCCUUUUCUAUGCUGAUACUGGGAAGGACUUACUCUUUGGACCGAUUUGCUGGAUCAUUUCUUGUUGCUGCCGGAGUCGUAUUGGCAGUUACAGGUGGAUCAGAACACGAUCAAUUACUGUCGGGUGUUGAAUUUGUGUGGCCUGCAAUGAUGAUAGCCUCGAGUGCAUUUCAAGCAGUUGCUUCUAUUCUUAAGGAAUCUGUUUUCCUUGAUGCUGCAACUCGCCUCAAGGGAAAGCUGAUGGACAUAUUUGUUGUCAAUUCCUUUGGAUCUGGAUUUCAGGUUUUCCCAUUUCUCAUUUUCCAAAGCUUGACGAUAGAAUAGCUAUAUGAGGACAACCAUUUUUUUCCGGAUUUGUGGAAUAUCGAUUAUAUUGUCCAUGUUGUGCCUCUUCAAUAUGUUUAAUUUUGUUGUUGAUGCCAUUGGUGUUUUGGUGCCAAAUUUGUCCCUGAUGUUGUAUUGUUUGAUGUGAACAAUAUAUAUACAUAUCUUAUUUGAGUCUUUUUUUUUUU